CUCGACACCUCACACGCAUGACGGUACCACAGCCUACGUUCACAACGUCACUCUUCCAGAUAUUCUUGCCAUGCCGCUUCCGCACCAAAAGACCAAGACGUACAGCAACCUCUGCUCUGGUGCGCUCUGCGCCGAGGUGGUCAAGGCUGCCAUGGCAAUCGUCGCCUCAAGUCGCAACUACAUGGCGUGGGUCGAAGGCGACAAGAUGCUCGGCUACAUCUUCAACUCCUCUGAGUACCGCAUCGACAAGUCGGGUGCCGCAACGGAAGAAAUGACAGUGACCAAAACGCGGGUCCGCCGCUACAAUGCGUCGCUGCGUGGGGAGCUUGACAGAUUGAACGCGAUCGGCGACAUCCGGAAGCUGUACCUCUCGCUCUAUCGCGUUCGAGUCGAUGAAACCGUUACCCUCGACGCCAUGAACAGCGUUGCCCAUUGGUCGGUCGAACAGAUUCGCAAGAUUACCUCCAAGUUCUCGUGUGAAUGCGAAGGCCAUUUCAAGAACGGAAGCUUCUGCAGCCACAUCGUCGCCCGUUUUCGCAAGGACAUAAACCUCAAGGCUGCUCUCACGGCGAUCCCAGUCCGGAAGACACCAGAAAAACCCGCCAAGAUGGCCACAGCCUCUCCAAGACGACGCGGGGUAAGGUCUUCACCAAGGCGGCGACCAUGACACGCCUGUUGAAGAAGCCAAUGACUAGCUUCGGGUGGGCCGUUGGCUGAGUCCUCACCACCAGCGAGCGAGACCCCGAAAGCGGGCGUUGCAAGCAGACUGUCGUACUCGGUACCGUGACCGAUUGCCACGUCGGCACCGUUACCAAGUGGGAGAUCACAUUCGUCGGUGGUCGCAAGGAAGAACUCGGUGUCGAAGACUUGGCGUCUCUCAUCGAAGCGUCAGACAAGCUCGGCAUCAAGGUGACGUCCAUGGAGUUCAUCCAGCAUGUGCGCCGUUUGAUAUUUGCAGUGUGAACACCGCAUCCCGCCAUCGGCUUUAUGCACUUAAUAUAUAUCUUGUUUGUAUCCGGCGUGCUGUGCGCCCUGUGUCUCACGUCCUUUGCUGUGUAAGUGCCGG